UUGCGAAAAAUAUCUAGACGAUUUGGUAAAGUCAAGAUUAGAAUAUUCAAUAUUCAGACAUUUACAUCAUACGUGCUACAAUCUCAAAGUCAAACAUGACAAGGAGACAAAUUUACUUGUUAAUCUUGGUCAUAAUAUCAUGCGCAGGUUCUAUAUUGAACGAGCGCGUCGAACAGCAAGUUUGUUUAGCUGAUAACGCUGCUCUUGGUACUGAAAUCAAUUUUGAACAUCUUGAAGAAAUCUCGGCUUCUUAUGACGCAAUCUUAAACAGAAUCAACAGUUUGCUUGUCGCAAAUGGUGUGGUCGUGAUUCGAAAUCAGACGAUGAACAGAGUAGCUCAAUACAAUUUCACACGAAAUUUGGGUUCUGUGGUUAUACUUCCGGAAUCAUUUGAGGGCAAAGACCCGGAACCAGGGCUUCCAGCUAUUCAGAGGGUCACCAACUAUUUCCACAACGGGACAUGGAAAGGCAGACGCCAUUGCUUUGGAUGUUAUUGGCACAAGGACGGGAAUUUUCAAUUCGACGAUUACAUUGGUGGUGUUCUCUAUGCUGAGAAAGUAGAAAAGUCAGCAACAACAACAAUGUUUCUGGAUAAUUGCGCUGCCUACGACCUCAUCCCCCCAGACCUAAGAGCACGGAUCCAGGACACAAUAUUUUCGGUGUCGGUACGAGACAUCCCAGACUUUAAGAAUGGCACAGAAAAAGAUUUUGCCCUUUUUCCAGACGCAGCACGACAUCCCAUAUUCUACAAUCACCCAGGCUCCGGGCGUCGUUGUUUGUAUCUGACCAACACAAUGGUGACACUGCGACCUAAGAGUGUAAACGAGAUGACAGAUCUUCAAGAGGCAUGGGAUAUCAUGAUCACUCAGGCACCCAAGUAUCAGCACUACUGGACAGCAGGAGAUGUCGUCAUUUGGGAUAAUCUGGCGGUCAUGCACAAAGCUGGGGAGAAACGGUCUGGGUGUUCUCCCAAAGAUCCACGAAUGCUUUUCAGAACGCAAUAUCGUAUCGGUAAAACUGGUAGUAAAAGAUAACUUGGAUGAUGUAAUUCACCAUUAAAAUUUAUUAGAUUUUUCCAGAAAGAAACAGAAUAUACCAUGUUGUUUAAAAGUGUGGGUAAAAAUGUGCACUGUUUAGAUUUAUAAUAUAACAAAUAUAAUACACGUGUGCUGAUUGGUCCAGAGGCGGUCUCCUUAACUGUGUACAGUAACACAGGAUUUUUCCACCUCCCGGCUUUAAAUUUUAAAACUUGAACAAAAAUUCAUUAUUAGUAGUGAUUUUUUUACUAGAAAAAUUUUAAUCUCGCUAAAAAAGGAACAAAAAGAGGUCCCCGUGUUUAAAUAAUGGAGAAUUAUUUUAUUAGACCAAGCUCAAUUACAUUGUUCGAUGUAAAUAAUGUUUCAAUGUUUUUCUUUUCUUUCUAUGCAGUUAUAAAAACACUUAUGGGGCUUAUAACGUUAAAACGUGCUUGUUUUCCCACUGACUAUUUCUCGUUUUCCCAAACUCCCUCCCGUGUUUCUAUAACUGUAUAAGGACACGAAAAAUCUUUUCGUUCUUAAAUGUUAGCUAGUUUCAGAAUGAGUUUCAUCAACUUUAGGUGAUUGUAGUAUAAGUAUACCUGUUC